UAUUCAAGCUAAAAACUUGCAGAGGCUGCAGUCUGCCAUUUAAUCUUUAACACAACUUGUGUCUAGUCUGGCACAUCAUGAGCGUGACAAACCAAGCACUGUCAUUUAGUCAACAACAGUUAUUUCUGCUUCCUGGCCGCAGCUUCGUAAAAUCUACAUAACAGAACUUCAGCAAUUAAGUAUUCAGCUAAUGUUUUGGUGAGCUUCUUAAAAUAGGAAUUCUGGAAAUAGUUUAUUUUUACUGCCAAGACUUCUAAACUUAAAGAUGGAAUGCUUCUGGGAACGGUCUGGUGGGCGUACAGUUUAAAUUCUUUUUUUAUCCUACAUGUCUGCGAACUGGCAUCCUUGCAAUAGAUUUGGUGGAUUUUUCACCUUAAUCUUCUUACACUGAAGGCUUCAUUUUUUUUAUAAAGAGAGAGAUUCAGUUGUUUUGUCUUGAAAGGAAAUAGCUUUGGAACGUUGUGUUGAAACUGCCCUUGUCUGCCCUGGGCAGUGUUUCAAAUAUUCACACGGUAACAAUCUGCUUCUGCCAAGCUUCUGUCUUCUGUUUAAAACCUUAACUAUUGGUUCCAUGUUUGCUUCAGAAGUCACCUGCGGAAUGGGAGUCCUACUGAUGCCUUCAAAGUGAGGAACUCUUGACUACUUGAGAUUUGAGUCUAUUACCAGUUCUCUGCUACACAGUAUGGCCCAAAUAUCCAGUAGCAAUGGGUUCAGACGAAAAGUGUCACCAACUUUGGGAGAAGCAGGUGGAAAAGAUGUUGAUAAAGAGGAGGCUCUACAGAUGGAAGCUGAAGCUUUAGAUAAGUUACACAAAGAGAGACGGCCCCUUGGUAGUCAGAGUAAUGUUUUUCUUAGGCCGAAGCAGAAUCCUCAAGCUCUGGGAAAACACGAGCAUGAUCUCAUGGUCUUCCCAGAGUCGGAUGGAAAGAAGAAAGCAGGAGGAAGUUUACAGAGCAUCGAUGUAGAGAAGCUGACCCCAGCAGAACUGGAAAAGUUGUUGCUGGAUGACAAUUUUGAGUUUAACCAAGCCCCGAAACCUCAAGCUAUAGCGCAGACGCAAUUGUUGAAUCCUUGUACCCCAACACAUUAUUACGUUCAAUCUUUGCCAAGGAGUCUUUGGCCUUCUCAGCCUUCGGCUGGGGCUUUACCAACAUUUUCUCCUUCAUAUCCUAAAUGCGCCAAUACGUUUCAUAAUGGAUUUAAUCCAACCAUUCCUGUUUUACAGUUUAGAGAACCUCUUUUGUUUGGUCCUCCAGCAAGAGCACAGUAUAUUUCUUUCCGCAUGCCAACAAGCACACCUUUUUCCGUAAGUUCAAGCUUAUCCCCUCACUUAAAACCAGUCACUCCUGAUAUGGUCAAGUUGUUUGACAAAAUAGCCAGCACCUCUGAAUUCUUAAAGAAUGGGAAAUCUAGUCACAGUUUGGAAUUGCCUCAAGCUAAGAGCACAGCACCUCUUGUACAAACUGUAGAAAAAACAGACGACAUAAGUAAAUUUGAGUGGCUGGAUCUUGAUCCGCUCAGUAAACCCAAAGUAGAUAAUGUGGACCUGUUCAUUCACACACAGGACAGCGGAUUAUCUUCUAAAACAGGUGCUGAGGAUCCCUGGGAUGCAGUUUUAUUGGAAGAAAAACCUAUAAAGUCCAACAGCCCUGAUAAGAAGACAAAUUGUAAAUCUCCUUCUGGAGUUACAGUGACUAGAAGCCAUUCAUUGAAUAUUAGACCUACACAUUUACCACUGACAAAAGGCCAAACCUCAGAGAUGGAGAAUGGGACCAAUAUCCAGAUACCGGCACGGAAUACCUUUUUGCAAGAACUUGAAGUCCAAACUGGAGAAGUGGCUGCUUUUUGUAAAGAAGUUGCAAAGCUCAGGAAAAGGUUUGCAAGUGACUGUCUACUCACCAACCCAGGCUUUUUACUCAGUCCUGUGAUGCUGCAGAGAAAUCUUGAUGGGGAAAAUACUAGUGUAAAAGUGUCUAUUGAAAUAGAAGGGUUCCAGCAACCAGUGACGUUUACAUGUGACGUAAGUUCCCCCGUGGAGCUGAUUAUUAUGCAAGCCCUUUGCUGGGUCCAUGAUGACUUGAGCCAGGUUGAUAUCGGAAGCUAUGUCCUGAAAGUCUGUGGUCAAGAAGAAGUGCUGCAAAAUAAGCACUGUCUGGGAAGUCAUGAGUAUAUCCAGACUUGUCGAAAAUGGGAUGCAGAAAUCAGACUCCAGCUCUUGUCUCAUUCAACUAUUUGCAGAGUUCUGGCACGAAGUGCUGAAGACGACAAGGUGCAAAUUAAUCUCAAUAAGCACUUGGGCCUUGUCGACAGGCCAUAUAAGGAGCCGUUAACAAGACAAAAUAUUGAAGAACUUCUGGAUAUUUAUCAUGACCAAGUCAGCCUAUGCAUGAAGAACGAGGGAAAUAAGCACAAAGUGGUUGAACAAGUAAUUAAAGCCGUUAGAAAUCUUUGUAAGAUUAUCGAUGGUGUUGAGACUCAGGAGAUAACAGAGGCCGUGAAGAAGUUAAAGAGAGCUGUAAACUUACCAAGGAGCCGCAGUAUAGACGCUUCAUGCAAACCAAAAGAAGACGGACCCCACUUGAUUGCUUCUGAUGCUGCAGCACAGUGUGAAAGUCCUUUACAAGAAAGUUUAACUUUAUUGACAACAGCAGUUCACAAUCUUUUGCUGCUCCACUUUAAUUCAUGCAGUAAUCUUGUUACAUCAUCUAGCAGCACUAAACCCCUGAAGGAAGCAAGUACAUCCACUGACCACCUCCAAUUCACCAUUUUUGCAGCCCAUGGACUUCCCAUUAGUUGGGUAUCUAGCUUUGAAAAAUACUAUUUGAUUUGUUCACUUAUCCACAAUGGAAAAGAUGUGUUCAAACCUGUCCAGUCAAAAAAAGUUGGAACGUACAAAAGCUUCUUUUAUCUUGUCAAGUGGGAUGAACUGAUCAUUUUUCCCAUUCAGAUAGCACAACUGCCGCUUGAAUCCACUCUGCAACUCAAACUUUAUGGACUAUUGAAUCCAAAUAGUGGAGGCUCUCCUGAUUCUAACAAACAGAGGAAAGGACCUGAGCUAUUAGGUCAGGUAUCUCUACCACUGUUCAAUUUUAAAAGACUUUUAACAUGUGGAACGAAACUUCUGAACCUUUGGACAUCAUUCCACGCAAGCCCAGGUGCCGGCACAAUUAACCGGAAAACAAAUCCAAUGCAAAAAAUAGUUUUGCAAGUUGACUUUCCUUCACCUGCCUUUGACCUGGAGUAUAGGUCUCCCAAGCCCUCUCAUAGCUGUGUAUGGCAAAGCAUUGAAACGCUGGAUAAAGACGCCCAGACCCGACUUACUGCUCAUCUUGUCAGAGACUCUACAUUUGGGUUGUCUAAAGACGAUAAAACAUUUUUAUGGGAAAAGCGCUACUACUGCCGUGAACAUAAAAAUAGCCUUCCAAAGAUUAUGGCUAGUGCCCCAAAUUGGGGUGUCGCAUACCUUGGUGAUAUCUACUCACUCAUUCAUGAUUGGCCCCCUCUGCCGCCAGUUAGUGCACUGGAACUGCUGGAUUUGAGGUUCUCUGACCAAGAAGUACGAUCCAUAGCUGUAAAAUGGAUUGAUGACGCUUUAAGUGAUGAUGAAUUAACAGAUUUUCUCCCCCAAUUUGUCCAGGCUUUAAAAUAUGAAAUCUAUUUGGACAACUCCCUUGUACGAUUCCUUUUAUCACGGGCUUUGGGAAAUAUACGGAUAGCACAUUAUUUGUAUUGGCUACUGAAGGAUUCACUCAAUGAUCCUUAUUUUGGGACAAGAUAUGAACAGAUCCUUGGGACACUCCUUUCCGUUGUUGGUAAAAGCCUGAGGGAAGAACUGGAAAAGCAGACCAGACUCACCCAGUUGUUAGGUGUUGUUGCUGAAAAAGUUCGUCUGGCCAGUGGGUCAUCUAGACAGAUUGUUCUUCAGGAGGGUAUGGAACGAGUACAGUUCCUUUUUCUAAAAAACAAGUGUCGCCUGCCUUUGAAUCCCAGUUUGGUCGCCAAAGAACUUAACGUUAAGCUUUGUUCAUACUUUAAUUCCAAUGCCGUCCCUCUUAAAGUUACCAUGGUCAAUGCAGAUCCCACAGGAGAAGAGAUUAACGCCAUGUUUAAGGUAGGGGAAGAUCUGCGUCAGGAUAUGUUGGCUCUGCAGAUGAUAAAAAUUAUGGACAAGCUCUGGCUACAAGAAGGACUGGACAUGCGCAUGGUCAUCUUCAAGUGUCUGUCUACUGGCAAGGAUAGAGGUAUGGUGGAACUGGUGCUGUCAUCUGAUACACUAAGGAAGAUCCAGGUGGAGUAUGGAGUAACUGGCUCGUUUAAGGACAAACCUCUUGCAGAGUGGUUGAGAAAGUACAAUUCGUCUGAAGAAGAUUAUCAGAAAGCUUCAGAGAAUUUCAUAUAUUCAUGUGCCGGAUGUUGUGUUGCAACCUACGUGCUUGGAAUCUGCGAUCGGCAUAAUGAUAAUAUAAUGCUCAGGAGCACUGGACACAUGUUCCAUAUCGAUUUUGGGAAGUUUUUGGGCCACGCACAAAUGUUCGGUAGCUUUAAAAGGGACCGUGCACCCUUUGUGCUUACGUCUGACAUGGCGUACGUCAUCAAUGGAGGCGAGAAACCAACCAGUCGCUUUCAGUUGUUCGUGGAUCUGUGCUGUCAGGCUUACAACCUGUUACGGAAACAUACAAACCUCUUUCUAACACUAUUGUCAUUGAUGCUUUCCUCUGGUCUUCCAGAACUUACUGGAAUUCAAGACCUAAAAUACGUACACGACGCACUCCAGCCUCAAGCUACAGAUGCAGAAGCCACUAUCUUUUUCACCAGGUUAAUAGAAUCAAGCUUGGGAAGUGUUGCAACAAAAUUCAAUUUCUUCAUCCAUAACCUUGCUCAGCGCUUUUCUGGACCCCCUUCAAAUGAUGACGCUAUACUCUCAUUUUCCCCUAAAACCUAUUCGCUAAAGCAGGAUGGGCGCAUCAGGGAAGCAUCUGUCUUUACUUAUCACAAGCGAUAUAAUCCAGACAAGUACUAUAUCUAUGUAGUAAGAGUCGUUAGAGAAGGACAAGAGGAUUCAAUGUUCAUCUUCCGGACAUUUGAUGAGUUCCAAGAACUCCACAACAAGCUGAGCAUCCUUUUUCCCCUUUGGAAGCUCCCUGGUUUUCCUAGCAAAGUUGUUCUUGGAAGAACCCAUAUUGAAGAUGUAGCUGCUAAAAGAAAAGUGGAGUUAAACAGCUACAUUCAGAGUCUAAUGAACAUCUCGACAGAAGUAGCUGAGUGUGACCUGGUUUAUACGUUUUUCCACCCGUUGUCACGAGAUGAUAAAUCGGAUGCCUGUGACGGUGCUGCCAGAGCCUUAGACAUGCCGCCUUUAAGUCCAACACUGGGGAAGAUUGAAGGAGAAGUAAAAUUGACCAUCUCGUACAAAAACGGCACACUUUUUAUCAUGGUGAUGCAUAUAAAGGAUUUGGUCACUGGGGACAAUACCGACCCUAAUCCCUACGUGAAAACGUAUCUUCUUCCGGAUCCUCAUAAGACCUCCAAACGCAAAACAAAAAUAUCAAGAAAAACUUGCAACCCAACAUUUAAUGAAAUGUUGGUCUACAGUGGAUACAGUAAGGAAACGCUGAGGCAACGAGAGCUCCAGUUAAGCGUUCUGAGUGCAGAGUCCUUGCGAGAGAACUUUUUCCUCGGUGGAAUUACGUUACCUCUGAAGGAUUUCAACUUGAAGCAGGAAACUGUUAAUUGGUACAAGCUCACUGAUGUGCCGUACUUUUAAAACAAACCACCUUCAGCAAGUGGUAGGACUGAUUCAGAAGACAUUUGGACCAAGAUCUGGUCAUUUCAGAAGUGACACCCCUAUACUGCUAAGAGCGUGUUGUAGAUAUGUGUACUGUAUCUAGAUAUAUAAAGAAAUCUGUUUACUACAAUAUGUACAUUAGCUUAGGUCUGCACACUUGUUCCCAGGACAGCAACUUGCCAUAAUCACUACAAGAGAUGCUUGUGUAGAACGUCGAGCACUAUUUUAGGUAUAGUCACAUAUACAAAAUGACUGUGUGCCAGUACACCGGGAAUAGGGAGCCUUAUAUUCGCCUCUGACAGAAAAAGCAUAUAAAUGGCACUUUUCCUGUAGUGUCAUUACUUAUCUUUUGCACAUUGCUAACCACUAUUCUCUAAGCGGUGGACGCUCAUCUUUGUAUAAUAGUAACUGCUCUUCAACUCAAGAUUUUCGACUGAGAGAAGAAUUGCGCUUGGCAAGCCAUGACGGACCUCCAUUAAUGUUAAUAUACAAUACUUGUAUGAUACUACAGUCAGCUGCACCAUAACCUGAAGAUGUCUGAUCUUGUCUCAUGCAUUCCAGAACCACUUAUCCGUGAUGUCCGUUUAUUGUCUGAGCUGUGAAAUAAAACUAAUGCACCUUACCAAAUACCUUCUGGUUCCCCGGUGCUAAUGGUCUUGCACUUUUUAGGGAGCACAACUGUAAUUUAUUUGCUACUGGUGGUGUAGUGGCAUUCUCUACAUUUCAUUUCUCUUCUACAGGGAAUAUUCACAUAUGUGUAUUUUAUAAAAUAGAUUUAACACUAGGCACAUUGUGUGUUUAGGAGAACUUACAAAGAUAAAUACUUUUAAUGUUAGUAUAAUUUAUAAUAUUUAGUAGCACACUUACUGUGUAUUAAGGGAACAGACGAUCCUUAUUCCAUGUUGCUUAGCAAUAAUAUCUGAUUAACACGAUUUCCAUCUCUAUAAAAAGCACUUGAAUUUCCUGCAGUGCCUGCUUUAUUGCUGGUGCAAAAAGAGUGGAUUUUGAUUUUUGUUAACCAUUGUUAAUCUCUCUUCAGAAAUACUAGGGGCUGCUAUAAAUUAUAUACAAAAUAAAUACAUUUUCCAUCCUCUUAA